AUGGCCUGCGCCGCUCAUACCCUCUGCCAGACUGUGGGCAGCAAUGCAAGCUACCUAGAUUAUGUUCCGACGACACAACCACUCGACCACGCUGGCAGUAACGAUCCGAUAAAACAUCCUGAACACCAGCACACGGAUAGUCUGCCACCUACAAACGUAACAAUGAAGAGCUUUCGAAGUUCUGACGACAUCAGUUCGUUGCAUGCGAACGAAGCGAGAGUUGAGCUAGACCAUUUUGCUCGCGGUAGUUCACUGCCGGCCAACGAAGAGUGGACGGAACAACCACUACUCAAUUAUGGCGAAAUCGAGAUGAAUGAGGCACCUCAACACCCUCACCCGAAUAUCCUCUUGCCAGAUAUCGAAGCACAGGCAACGGAAAGACAAGACCCCAGUGACACCAGGAGGACGGUCAUCGCUUCACCAGCCGUCCAGUCUAAGGAGCACUUUCCAACAGUACUCAGUCGCAUCGAGAUCAAAUGUAAGCAAUUCUCUCAUUAUAUGAGUCGUGUUGGGUCAAAGAGCUGGACGGUGGAGAUCUGCAGUUACUUCAUCGCGAUCCUGGCCCUUGCUGGACUUGUCGCAACGCUCUCAGCGCAUCAAAGCAAGCCGCUCCCUCAAUGGCCACAGCUAGUCACGAUAAACUCAAUCAUAUCUUUGCUCUCCUUGAUCAUGAGAGCCUGUGUAGGGAUUGUUCUCGCAGAAGGCAUCAGCCAGUGCAAGUGGAAUUGGUAUAGGAAACAAAAGAAACUGGAUCAUAUUGAGCGAUUGGACUCUGCCAGCCGUGGUUCUUGGGGCUCAUUUACUUUGCUGUUCUACUUCAGACUAAGGCAAGCAUAUUACUUUUGCGAGGAUAUUACUACGCAAAUCCAUAUUGUAAACGAAACUGAGGUUGAAAGUUCCAACCCAUACACGCAAGUGUUCUUGGGGUUGGACUAUGGCCAAGACUAG